AUGAACUGGAUGGGGGGGAAUCUCUCUCGGCACCGCCGGGGAAAGGGCUGGAAGGAGGAAAUGGCACGGCAAAAGGAAUACUUCGCCAAGGCCCGCUCUCGACAGCGUGAGGGUGCAAAAUCGAGCCCUGUACCUCUCUCUGCAGCUAAUUUCAUCCCCAAUUAUGCACCUCCGGAAGCCACCACGAGCCUAGGAGAAGUAGCAUUUCCAUCAUUCAUGCCGAUCAGUAAACCCACAGGCGCUGCGGAUGAGGCAUCAAGAAGCUUGGAUGAUCCGUCAAAACCAUGGCGAGCAGAUGUGACUGAACUGCCAUUACUUGCUUCGUCAGGCGAGAGAGGUGAAUCUCCCGCGCCGGACCCGUCAUUGGAAAAUCACCCCAUGGGUGCUUCUAAUCUGGGAAAUGAGCGUCGGAGAACUUUGCAACAGGGAGGUUUUGCAAAAGUCAAACUGCCGAAACUCUCAGCGAAGGAGCCCACGCGGCAGAUUCUUGAGCGUCCAUCCCUUUCGAGGCAUAUCUUGGAUCAGCAGCACAAACCGUUCGGAGGACACCACAAACUCCGGUCGAAAUUCGACAGACAGAGAGACGUAAGAGAAAGAAAGGUGAUCCAGAACACGCCUUGUCUUAGCCCAAGGUCGGUAAGAAUACGUAUCGGUAGUCAAGAUUUUCGAUGGAGUGAAACCAGAAAAUCUAUCCAAGAUACCAUCCAAAAAACGAUCGGAAAUCCCACUUUCGGUGAUGGCUCGGCAGACCAAAGCAUCGUACCCGAAGCCGAACAAACAAGGCACACCACACGGCCAGGAGGUGCCAAUGAUGCGUCCUACAUUACCGGCGAGUCUUUUACAGGCUUUUCUCCGCCGAGUACGAGCAGCGAUGUGCUACUGUCGUCGCCAUGCCGGAACAGAGCGGCUCGACGUAAAAAUGUGUGCAAUUCACCAAAGAAAAUCGUUGGGGCGCCUUCGGCAGAAUUCCAGCGCCCGCUACUAGAUUGUGCCUGUGGAGGGGCAAAAAAGCCAUCGUCAAUGUCCGAAAUUGAGUCUACGGGCAGCAUAGCCGUACAGGUUGGUGAUGUCGAAAUCACGCCAGAAGGCGAGACGGAGGAUGAACGGCUUUGGAGGCAGUGGCUGGGGUGA